AUGGUAAUGAAUAUUUCUCCAUCUUUCCAAUUUUUUUCAAAUUAUUUUAAAUCAGCAUGGGAUUUUUUAUCGAAUCACCACACACACAAUAAUAAAAAUCAUCAACAGUUUUUUGAAACAAUAAAUAUAAAUAACAAUAAUAAUAAAAAUAAUAAUGUAUGCAAUAGUUCAGUAAUAAAUGACAAUUCAAUAAUUGAGAUGUCAUAUAUAAAUAAUAAUGUAAAUAGUGGUAAUGUUUAUAAUAAUACCAACAAUGAAAACAUUGAUAAUUUAUUAUUCGAAGAAUUUCAUAAUAACAAUAUUGAAAAUAAUAAUAAUAAUAAUAAUAAUAAGGAAGGAAUAAUAGAAAGUGAUAAUAGUAUAAAUGAAAUAUUUAAAGAAGAAAAAGAAUUAUUAUCUCUUGUAGAAAAUAAUAAAGAAAUUACACAAUCAAAUUUUUAUAUUUAUAAAGUUUUAUCAUGGUUUUGGGGAGAGACAAUAUGUGUUGACCAUAGAAUAUUAGGUCGUUACUUUGGUUUAUCAAAUAAAGACUUGUGCUACAUGGAAAGAUUGUUUUUAAAUGGUAUCAAUUUCGAAUUAUAUACCAACAAAAAUCAAAUUAUAGAAUUCUUAAACUCUAUCGAAAAAGAAAAAGAAAAUUUUGCUUUAGAAGGUCAAGUUUUAUAA